GAAAACGUACAAGCUUAAAAAAAAAACUCAUCAAAUUGCCAAGUGGAUUGAGCGCGUCCUCAAAGUGACUUAAGUACUAAAACCAUCAGUGUGCUAAGAGUGCAAGUGACUUAAAUUCUAAAUGGCAGUGUCAACGUUGAACAUGUCACCUUACUUCACUGGAUACCCUUUCCAAGGUCAAGGAAGAGUGAACCAACUCGGCGGUGUCUUCAUCAACGGUCGUCCUCUUCCGAACCACAUCCGGUUGAAAAUCGUCGAGAUGGCUGGUUCCGGAGUCCGGCCCUGUGUUAUCUCAAGACAACUGAGAGUAUCCCACGGCUGCGUCUCCAAAAUCCUGAACAGGUACCAGGAAACUGGAAGCAUUCGACCAGGAGUGAUCGGCGGCUCUAAACCGCGCGUCGCCACCGCUGAAGUGGAGAAGAGGAUCGAGCAGUUGAAGCAACAGCAACCGGGCAUCUUCUCCUGGGAGAUUCGUGAUAAAUUGAUAAAGGAAGGAAUUUGCGAUAAAACGUCGGCGCCAUCGGUGAGCUCGAUCAGCAGGUUGCUGCGCGGCGGCAGGAAGGAGGAUUUGAUGGAUAGGAAGAACCACUCGAUAGACGGGAUCUUGGGUCCGGCCACGUCUUGCGACGAAAGCGACACCGAAUCCGAACCUGGUAUUCCCUUGAAGAGGAAGCAACGGAGAUCAAGGACCACUUUCACCGGGGAGCAAUUGGAGGCUUUGGAAAGGGCCUUCGGGAGAACGCAAUAUCCUGAUGUGUACACUCGCGAGGAGUUGGCGCAGAAGACGAAGUUAACUGAAGCCAGAGUACAGGUUUGGUUCUCGAAUAGGAGAGCCAGGUUGAGGAAGCAAUUGAACUCUCAACAAUUGAACGCCUUCAACACCAUGUCUCUGCAAUCCUUCCCCGCGGUGCAACAGCAUUAUCCAGAGGCCGGAUUCAAUCAGACCUCCUGGAGCCAACAAACCUAUCCAGGAAGUCUGGGUACAAGCUUAUCCACCGCUUCGCACCAAACCUUAACUCCAAGCACAGCAAGCUUAGGAGCAUCUCCAACAAACACGACAACCCAGACGCAACCAACCCAGGCCUCUCUCUAUGGAAGUUAUAACGCUCCGACUUUAGACCAAAGCAAUUUGAACCAUCACCAGUUCGGUUACAACAUGGCUCAGGUUUCCCCGACACAGCACAGCGUGUCCCCGCCGCAGCCGACCGCCUGGACGCAUCAGAAACCUAAAGUUGCAGAAAACCUGAGCUCAUGGCACGAGAAUUAUAGUCUCUUUGCUGGAGGACAUUACGGAGCUCAUUCACCCACAGAGGCCAAAUCCGGAUACCCGUACUUCGGAGCCAUGGAGAUGUGCACCAGUCGAGUCCAUUAAAGACAUCCAAUGAUAAUUAAAAAAUAUCAUCAACAACUUUGCUUUAACCAAUUACAAUUAGUUUCCGCACUAAUUAAUUGCCUGUACAUAGUA